CUUGGCCAUUUAAAAUCAUAUGUUCGUAACAAGGUUGCACCAGAAGGUUGUAUUGUUGAAGGAUACAUUAUGGAAGAAUUCCUUACAUUUUGUUCAACAUAUUUUGAAGACGGUAAUGUUGAAACAAGGUUCAAUAGACCAAGGCGCAAUGAUGAUGACAAUGGGAUUUGUGAUAGCAGCGAAUCCACUAUUUUGUCGAAUUUAUUUCCUACAUCAGGCAAGCCUGUUGGAGCUUCCAAGAUUUUCUCGAUUCCACAAUUGGAGAUGAUCCAAGUUCAUCGCUAUGUAUUAGCUAAUUGUGAAUUGGUUGAUGCAUUUCGGGAAAAGUGUAAGAUAGAAGUUGCUAGAAUGCAUCGUGGCAAAAGAAAUGCCUCAAGAGUUGUGGAAGAAUAUGUUCACAAAAAUUUUCACAAAUGGUUCAACGAAUAUGUUGCAAGAAACGAUGAUCCAAAUAUUACAACUGAAAUUGAAUGGCUUGCUAAAGGACCAAAUAACAUUGCAAGGAGAUUUGAUGGGUAUAACAUUCAUGGAUUUAAGUUUCGAACAAUGAGCAAGGAGCAAGGAUUAAGAACCCAAAAUAGUGGUGUUGUUAUGUCUGCUAUUACUCGGAGGUUUUCAAUUAGAGGAGAACCUAUUGAAAACUCAAGUAAUGACAUAUAUUAUGGAAAAUUAGUAGACAUUAUAGAACUUGAUUACUUUGGUUAGUUAAGGGUUGUGCUAUUCAAAUGUAUUUGGGUAGACACUAAACCUAACAAGGGAGUUAAGAUAGAUAAAUUUGGCAUAACAACUGUAAACUUUUCUCAUUUGAUUCACACCGGUGUGAGUGAAGUGGAUGAACCAUUCAUCCUUGCAAGUGAUGCUAGAAUGAUAUUUUAUGUUGAUGAUCCGGUUGAUCAAGGAUGGUCUUGUGUUUGUCAUAUGAAGCCUAGAGAUAUAUAUGAUAUGGGAGAAGUGAACCUUAUGGAAUCACAAGAGCCAAUAAUGGAAGACAUACCUUUUUGUGAGCAACAUGUUGGGAAUAUUGAAGAACUACAAUUAGUGCGAGACGAUGUCAAUGAACAAGAAAAUGAUAAAAUAAAUGUUGAAGAAGAUCGUAAUAGUUGUAGUGAUAGAGACGAUUGAAUAAUUUUAUAGAGUAUUUUAAUAUUUUAAGUUAUGAACGUUGUAAUUUUGUCACAUUUCUUUUGCUUUUAAAUAGUAUUCUAUAUAAG